AUGGCGCGCUCCGAAUCCCAACAAUCCGUUUUCUCUUCUUAUGCGCCAAGGUUACGCACCUACAACAAUUCCCUCCUAACACCCGUCCUUCCCGGCACUGCUCCCGCGAACCCACUUUCGCGCACAACGAAGCGCGGCACUACCAUCAUCAACUAUGCCGAGGAUGGCUACGACGAUUACGACGAUGACGACGACAACACCCGCAGCCGCCGCCGCCCUACAGGUCUCCGCAGCGUACAGCCCGACGACGGUACUGUCAAGGCCGACCCGGCCGAGAAGGUUGGCAAGGAUACACAUGAGCCCGUGGAGGUACAGGGCAUUUGGCGGGAUUGGAUGGGAAGGUUUCGCCAGGGUCGAUCCGACCAACAGAACUUUGCCCAAGCCAGCCUUCCUCUCACACUGAUCCCCAUACGGAUUGACCUCGAUAUCCCAUCCUACAUUCCGCCCCCGUCUCUGCCUCCGCAUGCUGCAAGCCUGGACCCCAGCAGUCCCCUCUUCAAGCCACAGGAGCCCACCGUCCCAUAUCGGUUACGCGACACGUUCCUCUGGAACCUGCACGAGACUUUGAUUACUACUGAUCAGUUUGCGACUGUCCUGGUCCAGGAUUUAGACCUUCCUAACAGGAAUCAGACCAUAUCCGAGAUCAGCAAGCAAAUAAGGACACAACUAGAAGAGUACGCCGGUGUUGCUCUCCACCCUCUCUUCCACUCCCAUCGCGACCGCCCAGCAACCGAGGUUCCCAAGCCCACGAACCUGCUCGAAGCCGCGACCUCAACUUCCAAUACCCCAGCAAUUAACGGCAACGCCGUAUCGACACCAACGCCCGCCGCCAAUGGCACCUCCGCAGUCCAAACAUCCACUGGCGAAAUUAGCGCCGCCGCAACCCCGAUCCCCCCAGACGCCGACGACUUCAGCCCCGACGACACGUACCGCUGCAUUAUCAACCUUAACAUCAACCUCUCUUCGCAAGUCUAUACCGACAAGUUCGAGUGGUCGCUCCUUCAUCCUCCAGGGACCGCCGAGGCCUUUGCCAAGCAAACCUGCGCCGACCUCGGUCUACACGGCGAGUGGGUACCCGCCAUGACGCACGCCAUCUACGAGGCAGUACUCAAGCUCAAAAAGGAAGCAUGCGAGUCCGGCGGGCUGGUAGCCGGCUGGGGCACUACCUCACUGGGUGUCGGUGGCGUCGAGUUCCCCAACGACGCGGCCGUCACGGCGGGCGGCGAGGGCGCCGGCUGGCGAUACGACCCGGAGCAUCUGGCGGAGGACUGGGAGCCCAAGCUGGAGACGCUGUCGAAGGAGGAGAUUGAGAAGCGCGAGGGCGAUCGCGAGAGGCAGAUCCGCAGACUGCGCAGAGAGACGGCGCGGUUCAGCAGCAAUACUGGCAUGGCGGGCGGCGUGCCUGUGGGCUUCGGAUUCGGUGGGCUUAUCGAGCAGGAAGAGGAGCGCAUGGGACGCGGGGAGAGAAGCAAGAAAAAGAGAAGGUUUAGAAGUCUGUCGCCUACUAGCGGUAGGCACACCCCGGAUGUUGGAGGCGGAGGCGGCGGUGGCGGCGGCGGCGGCGGCGGCGGUGGUGGUGGGUAUGGGGGUGGUGGAACGCUGGCAGAUAACGAACGGAACAACUGGAGGUGCUCUUGCUGUAGGGUGUGGGGCACCAGUGUUUGGGCGGUUCGGGAUGGGCCUUAUGGACCGAGGUCACUCUGCAAUAACUGCGGCUUCAUUUACGAGCGGGAUAGGAAACUGCCGAGGUGGGCUAGGAACCUGCACGCCACUGAUCCCAAGCCUCUGUGAGGAUAGCAUGUUUGAAGGCUGGAAAAGUUGGGCGCAGGAGGCUACUGUUUGAGGAUGGCAUGUCGAAGAUGGAAGGUCCUAUGGUUCCAAGACGAUUUGGAGACAAUGUGCAUUGUAUCCAAGCUAUCUGUCUGACAUGGACGGUGGAGCUUAUUCAAAGUUAGGUGUAGGGGUG